UUUGAUUUCAGAACAAUGGCAGAUAUUUGGUCAUUGUACGACAAACUGGAUGGUGAGCGAGCACAGUGCAAAAAGUGUCCGAAGACCAUUUCUUGCAAGGGAGGCUCAACGAGUGGACUCUUGCGUCAUGGAGUUAACGUACACAACUUCCGGGUCAAGCGUCGUAUACCGGAAUCAGUUGUUCAACCCGAAGAUGUCCCGAGUGGUUCCAAGCAAGCAAAAAGCAAUACCUCCAAACAGUCGACGAUUGAACCGUUCAUUCAUAAAAAGCCCAUGAAUGAAAUGGUUGCUCGGCUGGCGGCUCAAGAUGGGCUGACCAUCAGUGCUAUUACAAACAGUAAAUUCAUACGUACUUCAUUUGCCCAACGAGGUUACCAGCUGCCGUUAUCAAAAACGUCCGUGAUGAAAUUGAUUCACGAUUACUACGAGAUCGCUAAACAACAGACCGUGCAACAGAUUCAGGAUAAGCUCGCCGAACUGCACUUCUUGAGCAUCACGCUGGAUGAAUGGACAAGUUCUGGCAACCGGAAGUAUUUGAACGUCAACGUUCAUUUUGGGGACGGAGCGUUCUUCAAUCUUGGACUGGUUCGCGUGAAGGGAUCGUUUCCGGCAGAGAAAAUUCUCGAAGCUGUUGAUCAACAUUUGGAGUGCUUUGCGAUCCGCGACCGCAACGUAGCAGCGGCAACAUCCGAUGCCGCUAAGGUGAUGGAGAAAUUUGGGAAACUGGCUACGUUCAAGCACCAACUUUGCUUUAAUCACGGUUUGCACUUGGCCGUAUGCGACGUGAUUUUCAAAUCUUCGGAGACCCCAGGCGAUCUCUUGGAGGAGUCGGAUUCGGACGAUGAGGAUUGUGAUUCAGAAGAAUCUGAUGACUCCAAGGACGCAACAAUACCUGGAUUGUACAACUCGUCAAAUUACCGGCCAGUUCUAUUGCAGAUCCGAAAUAUCUGCAAGCUGUUCCGCCGAUCCCCGGUCAAAAACGCGAUUCUGCAGAAGAAAGUUGUCCAAGAAUUCGGCAAACCGCUUCAAUUGAUCCUUGACGUGAAGACGCGCUGGAACAGCACAGAGCAGAUGUUGGCGCGUUACAUGAAACUACAUGAAUCCGAUUCGGACUUACAAGCGGAACCCAAAUCCAUUCAGGAUGAGCUUGCCGCUUUCAUCAAUGGAAAGGCUGAAGGACCGUCCAACAAGCAAUCGACCACAAAGGCGAGCAAGUCUAGUAUCAUCCAUAAGGAGUUAACACUGUUCGAAAUAACCGGAGAGCUAACUUUCGGACUGAAGUCGCUGUUCAAUGGGUUGAAAUCAAUCAAGCCUACGUCUACCGAUAGUGAGCGGGUCUUUGCCGAUGCAGCAAACAUCUGUACCAAGAAACGCACGUGCUUGGCAGACAAGAGCAUCCACGUGAUCUGUUUCUUGAACUUGACUCGGGGCCUCAGCUCAUCUCUCUGUAAUCAGCGGAAUGAAAUAAUUGCCCGACGCUACAUCGCCUUCUCCAAGUCAUGCUUCGGGGAGAAGACGACGAUGAUCUGCUGCUGCUACCUUUGCGGAAUUGCUGACGGAAAGUGA